CUAGACUUGCAUUAUUAGAACAGGAUUCAGCAAUGAAUGGGAUGAUGUUGUUAUUUGAUCAAACACAAAAUGAUAAAGAAGCAAUGUUAGUGGUGAUAGUAUCAACUGUUAAUGUAUCCAGUUCUGAUGUGACUAAAAUUUCUGAAGUCACAGACAUAUUAACUUCAGAGCAAGGCUUGUCACAAUCUUAUAAGGCUAGUUCUGAGAGCAUAAUUUUAGUAUAUUGCAUCUUACUAAAGCAACCACAAGUUGAUGUAUCCAAAUUAGCAUAUAAUUUUGAAAAUCGUGAAGAUUCUUCAUGA